CCUGUGGCCGUUUUAAUGCGGCGACGCCAGGAUGGAAAUGCCACGAAAAUGUACCUUAAAAAGGCCACGACGUUUCGCGGCAUUUCCCACCCCGAGUUACUCUGUACUUGUAUCGCAAUAUCGGGGUAAUAUUCUGUCACCGCCUUCCGCCCUGCUUCUGGACAGUUUGCCUGCUUGCCUGCUUGCCUGCUUUACAACUACACAUCAACACCAUACUCAUCGAGUCUUUCAUCUCAUCCCAUUUCUGGAGCUGGGCCUCCAUAUUGCUUAAUAUAAAAAGUCCAACAGUACCCCGAAUACUCCAUCAAAGAACAACAUCUCUACAACUAUCCAAACUAACAAACAACCAACCGCCGCGAUGAGCGCAAUCGAUCUCUUCACCCAAUACCCCCUCCACCUCGACCCUUCCAGCAAAGCCAUCACCCACCCAUCCCCCUCUAGCCAACAACUCGACUCGGAACUCCAAACCCUCAACGCCCUCCACCGCAACCUCCUCUCCCUCGACCCUCCCAACAUCCCUCCCGCCCCAUUACCCAUAAACCCCAAACGCAGCGCCCAAAUCACCAAACUUCGCGACACCGCCAACACAGCCUACCGCAAGAACAACCACGCCGAAGCUGUGAAACUCUACACGUUGACGAUCGAUAUGGCUCUUUCGAGACCCGGAUGGGAACCUGUUGCAUUGGCGAGGGAGGAGUUGGCUGGGUUGUAUGCGAAUCGCGCGCAGGCAUAUAUGGGGUUGUCGGCUUGGUGUGAGGGGUUGGUUGAUGCGCGGUGUAGUGUUGAGUGUAAGGGGUUGGGGAACGUGAAGGGGUGGUGGAGGGUCGGGAAGUGUUUGGGGGAGAUGGGGAGGUGGGAAGAGGCGAAGGGUGUCGUUGAGAAGGGGUUGGAUAUUGAAGGGAGGGAGGGAGAAGGGGGGAAGGAGUUAUUGGGGCUUUUGGAGGAUAUUGAGGAGGGAUUAAAGAGGACAAGUUAAUUGUGUUACUCAUACAUGGGUUAUCAGGGAUUUUCGAUGGUAUAAUGGCUUGAUAUGUUAUUGAAGGUAUUUAUUGCGGUCGUUUAUGUUGUAUUUAUUAUGGCGUUCAUGAGAAAGAAGUAUUCUAGUGUUUGUUAUUAUGCAGAAAAACCAAUGGCAAGUGAAAUAAAUAGUGUUUGCUGAUGCAAAAAAGUAUUCAAUCGAAAUCGGG